AUGUCUAUUGUAUCCGCUUGGUUACCUCUCGUUAGGGCAUCAGCUCUUGGGUGGAUACCACUAUGCAAAGAGGCUCUUCCUCAGUUAGAUGCAGAAAAAUCUCCUCUUAUUACAGAUAAAAAAAUUAUCAUUAAUGUGAGUGGAUCUAAAUAUGAGAUGUGGAACGGUACUUUACAGCGGUUUCCUGACACACUCUUAGGAUCUGAUGAAAGGGAAUAUUUUUACGACGAAAUAAAUAAGGAAUAUUUUUUUGACCGUGACCCUGAUAUUUUUAGAUAUAUCUUGGCUUAUUAUAGAACUGGAAGCCUUCAUUAUCCAAAAAACGAAUGCGUUUCUGCUUACACUGAAGAACUUGCGUUUUUUGGUAUCAUGCCAGAUAUAAUGGGUGACUGCUGCCAUGAGGAAUAUCGUGAUAGAAAAAAGGACAUAUUGGAACGUUUAAUGGACGAUAAGGAAGAAGUAUCAUCAGUAAUCAUACGUUCAAAUACGGCUAGAAAAAAGCUUUGGCGAGUUUUUGAAAACCCUUAUGCUUCCACUUCUUCUUUAGUUGUUUACUAUGUUACUGGAUUUUUCAUUGCCGUUUCUGUCAUCGCAAAUGUUGUCGAAACUGUUUCCUGUGGUAAAGAUAUCGAGAAGGGGAAAAAUAAAGCCUGUGGAGAACAAUUUUUUAGUGGAUUUUUUUGUUUGGACACAGCAUGUGUUCUAAUUUUUACUGUUGAAUACUUAACUAGGCUUUAUUCCGCACCGUAUCGAUGUAAAUUCCUAUGCUCUGUUAUGUCAAUAAUAGACUUAGUUGCGAUUCUUCCCUAUUAUAUUGGUAUUGGCUUACCAGAAAAUAAGGAUUUAUCUGGUGCAUUUGUAACUCUUCGCGUAUUCCGUGUUUUCCGGGUGUUCAAAUUUUCUCGACACAGCCAAGGAUUACGGAUUUUGGGAUAUACACUUAAGUCCUGUGCCUCCGAGCUUGGAUUUCUUCUCUUUAGUCUAACUAUGGCUAUUAUAAUAUUUGCCACUGUCAUGUAUUAUACAGAAAAAAUUGAUGAAGAGACAAAAUUCUACAGCAUACCCGCUGCCUUCUGGUACACAAUUGUCACCAUGACGACAUUGGGGUAA